AGGAAACUUUAGACAAUAUGUAAGAGAAGCUCUUCCUCCUCAUCUGCAAAAGACCUAAUGAUGAUUAGGCAAGCUAGGAACAAGUAUAGGGUUUGUUCUAGUAAUUGGUAUAGGAGCAAGCUCUCAAGAACAGAACUGGUAAGAUAUAACUGAUCUUGUUAACUGGUCUGAAAAGAUUGAUAUCCUGGAUAAAUAUUUAAAUCAUCCUUCGCCGUCGUAUAAACUGAACUGUCUUAGCCUCUUGGCUAGAUAAACCAUUACACCAAUAUUAUUUAAAAACUCACCCUCAAAG